AGAUCACUUUCAUUCUUCAAACAGAUACAAAGUCAUCAAUUUAUUUUUUAGAAUAUAUUGUGUGGAACGUGUAGUGCUUCUAUCUAUCUUCCAAUCAAUUUCAACAAGAAUAUAAUAGUAAAUAUGAAGAUUGCUUUGAUAACUUUGUUCGCAUUCGCUUUGGUAUUAGCUGAACCUCCAGUGCCAAGCAACCAAUACAUUCCUGCAAAUACUUAUUUAGGACCAAAAUUAUCAACGCCAGCUAGUACUUACGGAGCACCUGCUCAAACAGAAGCUAUUCUUAAACCCAGUAGCAGUUACGGUCCACCCACUAAUACUUAUAUCCCACCUAGCAACUCGUACGGUCCACCUAGCAACACCUAUGGACCUCCUAGCAACACCUAUGGACCACCCAGCAACACCUAUGGACCACCCAGCAACACCUAUGGACCACCCAGCAAUACCUAUGGACCACCAGGAUACGGUGGACGAGAUGAAGAAGAAUCGGAGCCCGCUAACUAUCAAUUCUCUUAUCACGUAGAAGAUGCCGCUUCAGGAAACGACUUCGGUCACGAAGAAGAAAGACAAGGAGACGUAGCUAAAGGAAAAUACUUCGUUCUUCUUCCCGAUGGUCGUCGUCAAACGGUUGAAUAUACCGCCGAUUUGGAUGGUUACAAACCCAAAGUAACUUAUGAACAAGUUGGAGGUUAUCCUUCUGGAGGUCCAAAUGGAUAUCCAGCUUCCAAUGGUGGUUACCAGUAUUAAAAUUUAACUUCUUAGGUGAAAUAUUUUCGAAUUACUUCCGAUCUUGGUAUACGUAGUUCAUAGUUGAAUUAAAACAGUAUCGAAUUGAAAUUUUUUUAAGAAUUUUGAGUUGAUUAUGAAAAGUUGAGUUAGGAAUUAUAUUCUUAGGUUAUCACAAAUAUUUUCAUGAAUUUUGAACAAUUUCAGCAUUUAUUCUUCAUUUUCAUUAUUUGAAUCGCAUUAUUAGCGUGUACAUACUUCUAUUUAUGCAAUAUCUCGCACCUUCCUAGGGCUCAGUUGAAUAUUAUAUUGUUUAAACAGCAAAAAAAAACGAAAAUUAUCUACACACCCUAUAAAUACAAAAAGGUACAUGUUUGGAGAAUUUCAUCAUCUUUAUAAACUAUUAAAGGAGCACCCUACAAAAUUUAUGGAUGAAAAUAGAAACCUUUGAGAAUUCUAUUCGAAGAAGAAACCUAUUGUGGCCAUUUUUAUAUUUUUGGUAUCAGUGCCAACUAACCACACUUGUAAUGUAACAACUCAUCGCUCUAAUAUAAACACCCAAACGCUCUUAUCUUUUAUAGCAGCUUCAAAAUGCCUUACGCACACUUCAAUUUCAGGGUAAUUGUUUUAUUAAAUUAUUUAUCUGAUGUAUAUUAAUAAUAAAAUUACUUCUCUCUUCCUUUUUAUGUAUAUAUGUCAAAAUUAUGUAAGAAAUAUCAAAAAUCAUUAAAAUUUGAAUGCAAAUUGUUUUCUAUAUGUAUGAGAAACUAUAUUUUAAAAAUUGCAAUUCCUUAGUUGUUUCAAUUUCAAUUUAUAUGAACUAGAAGUUACCAAUUGUAUUUAUACGUAAUGUAAUUAUCUUUUUUAUUUCUUAUUACUUAUAAUGUAAAAACAGGUCAGUGUAGAAUAUAAAAAGGCUUCCAAUAAAUGACUUCGAGUUUGUGUAGGAUCAUCAUUGAUUACUGCACAAAUAUUUGUACUUCAAAUAUAUAUAUUCAUUUUUGCCAUAUUUAAUAAGUAGUUUGUAGAAGAUGAAAUAUAUUUUUAUAAUAAAACAAUAAAAACGUAUUGCAAGA